AUGGUUCGCAAUUACGUGAGAAAGACAGGAAGAGGGAAGUAUGAAAUUGAGACAAUGGAGAGAGCGGUAAAAGAAGUGAGGGGAGGGAGAAGUAUGAGAAGCGUAGCUGCAGAAUUUGGAUUGUGUGAUAGAACACUAGCAAACUAUUGCAAGAAAUUGUCCGCUGCACCAGGUUCUACUGAUCCCUCAAAUGAAGCGGUGAUUAUUCAACCAAAUCCUAUUAUAUCUACUACAGUAAACAAUGAUCUGGUGAUUCCUGACACAUCUACUCGUGAUCCGGCGAUUCCUGGCACUUCUACCCAUGAUUUGGCAAUUCCUGGCCCAUCUACUCGUGAUCCAGUGAUUCCUGGCACUUCUACCCAUGAUUUGGCAAUUCCUCCUGGCCCAUCUGUUCGUGAUCCGGCGAUUCCUGGUGCUUCUACUGAAGGUACUGCUGCAACAAGCCAGUCAGCUCAACCAUGGUCGCAGUUUGGCUACGCACGGAACUGGAAGGUGUUUGAGCCAUUCCAAGAACAAAUGCUGGCUGAGUAUUUGCUCAAGGCAUCUGAUAUAUACUUUGGAUUAACGCCUAAGGAAGUUAGACGAUUUGCGUACACUUACGCUGUAGCAUGUAAUUGCAAAAUACCCCCAAGCUGGUCAGAAAAUGAAAUGGCCGGCCCUGACUGGUUCACCUCAUUCAUGAAGAGAAAUAAAACACUUUCCAUCAGAACUCCUCAAGCAACUAGUAUGUCCCGGGCAACAAGUUUCAAACCGGACGAACGUUGACCUGUUUUUCAGGAACC